CGGCAACAAGUCACCAUUACGAUGACCAAAUCCAUCAUUAAAACAAACCAGCACUUUUCUACAGCAGUACGAGCGGGAAGCGGGAACUUUUUUUGCCAAUCGCCCAUUUUACCAGUACCUGAUUCUCUCCUUUUCAUCCCACAACAUCCCGAUUGCUCUCUGUGCUCUCGUGUUUGUCAAAAUGGACCUUCAGGAUAUUCAAUCGUACAUGGUCUCGUCCAUGAACGAGAUCACAUCGACUUUUCAAAAGGUGCCUGGUUCUGCUAUGCUCAUCCGCUAUAUUCAAUCAAGUUAUCAGGAUGAUCCAGUCAGAUCUGUUAUUGAAUUGAUUCUGGUCAUUUUCUUCAUUCGAUAUUUGUUAGCCCCGAGUUAUGUGACGCACAACAACAAUUUUGUCCAAUUGACUGAGGAGGUUAGUAAUCUUCCAUAUUGAGAUUGUUCUGCGGGUCGAGUUUAUGAAGACUGAUGAGUGCAUUACCAGGAGAUUGAUGAUUUGGUGGAUGAAUGGCAGCCAGAGCCGCUGGUUUCAAAGAUGACUCCUUUUGAAGAGGCAGAUAGUGAGAAAACGCCCAUUAUCGUCGGGUAAGUCCGAUUUUCUAUCCCUCGGCAUUUCCAUCCAGGGUGUUAACAAAGAGAAGACCUACCGGUCCAAAGUCGAAGCUCUCGAAUGGUCGAACGGUCACGAAUCUCGCAUCCUAUAACUUCUACAAUUUCGUUGGCAACGAGCAAGUCAAAGAGAAGGCUAUCCAAACUCUCCGAACUUAUGGCGUAGGACCUUGCGGACCUCCUCAGUUCUACGGCACUCAAGAUGUACACAUGAAAACGGAAGCGGAUAUUGCGUCAUGCUUGGGAACUGAAGGGUGCAUUGUGUAUGCACAUGCAUUUUCUACGAUUUCCAGUGUGAUUCCGGCAUUUUGUAAAAGAGGUGACAUUAUUGUGGCCGAUAGAGCAUGUAAUUACUCGAUCAGGAAGGGUCUGCAGAUUUCUAGAAGUACAGUGAAAUACUUUGAACAUAACAAUAUGGAAGAUUUGGAGAGGGUACUACAGAAGGUCAUCAAGGAACAAGCCAAAAGACCAUUGACUAGAAGGUUUAUUGUUACAGAGGGAUUGUCCGAAACAGUUGGUGAUUGCAUUGAUCUGCCUAAGCUGGUAAGUGUUCAAAAUACAUCUCCUGGCUAAUUGAUGCAGCUAACAAAGCAUUAGAUUGAACUGAAACUCCGCUACAAAUUCCGCCUGAUGUUGGACGAGACAUGGUCUUUUGGGGUUCUUGGCAGAACUGGUCGCGGUCUUACGGAAGCUCAGAAUGUGGAUGCGUCACAAAUUGAUAUGUUGAUUGGAUCAUUAGCUGGACCUCUAUGUGCCGGAGGUGGAUUCUGCGCAGGCUCAAACGAUGUGGUAGAGCAUCAGCGUAUCACGGCUGCUUCCUAUACUUUCUCCGCGGCUUUACCGGCUAUGCUGGCUACCACCGCUAGCGAAACGCUCAACAUGCUACAGACUAACCCUGAUGUUUUGGUGCAAUGCAGAGAGAAUAUCAAGGCAAUGAGAGCUCAGCUUGAUCCAAGAAGUGAUUGGGUUCACUGUACCAGCGCCAUUGACAACCCGGUUAUGCUCCUCGUCCUCAAGCAAGAUAUCAUCAAUUCGAGACGUUUAAGUACCGAGGAACAGGAACGCAUCAUGCAGGAAUGUGUUGAUGAGGCAAGCAAUUUUUUCACAUCCCCUAACUUUUUGGCCUAUCAGCUAACGAACGAAUCUCCAGACACUAGCAAAUGGAGUACUCAUAACCCGACUCAAAAGUAUGCCAAUCUACUCGGGCAGUAAUGGCAAAGACGAAGAGUGGAAAUUACAACCAGCACUCAAAGUAUGUAUCACGACAGGACUCACGAAAAAGGAGAUUGAAAAGGCUGGUGUUGUUAUUAGACAUGCUAUCACGAAAGUCAUGACCAGAAAGUCAAGUAGUAAGUUGGCUUUGCCAUUGGCUUAGAUUUCAUGUAUUCCUCGCUGCGCCUAUGGGCCUGGUGACGUGUUCUUUUUCUUUUUGCAUGAGAGACGAUAAGACGAUGGAUGAUGGAUGAGUAGAGGAGGGAACGGUUGUAAUGUGUAAUGCUCGGGGAUGUUUAUGGAUACGAAUUAGAGAUUAUGAGUGAAUAUAUUGAUGUAUGGAUGUAUUGAUAUAAUGAUGCAGCCAUGUCAUGGCAUUGUGUAUUCUAAAGUGUGAUAUAUAAUUUGAGAAUUGGCAGUAU